AUUUCACUCACAUAUUGUAGGCGCCACAGGCAGCACCAACCAAACGGCUCACUAGGGGGAUCUGACCCUCCACACCGCUGCUGGUCCUGCGGUUGGCGUGUUCCAAUCCCCUCCAUAUCAUGUGAUUCAGGUGUUCCAACCCCCUCCAUAUCAUGUGAUUCAGGUGUUCCAAUCCCGUCCCAAUCAUGUGAUUUAGGUGUUCCAAUCUCCUCCAUAUCAUGUGAUUCAGGUGUUCCAAUCCCCUCCAUAUCAUGUGAAUCAGGUGUUCCAAUCCCCUCCCAAUCGUGUGAAUUCAGGUGUUCCAAUCCCCUCCCAAAUCCCCUCCAUAUCAUGUGAUUCAGGUGUUCCAAUCCCCUCCCAUAUCAUGUGAUUCAGGUGUUCCAAUCCCC